AUGCCUCUAACUAACGUCGCCCCUAACCGCAAAGACAGUGGUACUACAAAUGGACGGGUCAUUCAUAAUAGGGUGGAAGAGCUAGGCCAACAGGAGGGAUCUUUGGUGCGAAGCGGAAGCGAAUCGGACAGUCUGCUGGAUCUGUACAGAAGCAAUCCAAGCAGCGGCAACGUCAGCCAACAAGCCAUCGACAAUGACAUCCCUGAAAAUAUGUACCGUCCUGAGCAAAAUGAUCCAGACGGCUGGAUACAUCGAGAUAAGCUAGCCAAGAUUGAGAGCGAGGAAUUGCAAGCUGCGGGUUUGAAUCUAGCCAGUGCCAGACGCAACGGCCAUAAAAACGUGAAAAGAGAUCCAAAUUUGGGUCGACGAAGUGAAGACAAAAACGGAUAUGACACUCGCACAACUGAUACGGAUGCGGGAAAGCCACGUCUGGCAGAACCUGUGGAGGAAGAGGAAGACGAUCAACCCAAUUGGGACUUCCGUACGCCUGAAGAAAUUGCUGCGGAUCAUUCCUCCCAGGUUUACUUGACUCCAAUUGCAAGGAAAUCCGGUUCCAAAAUACCCGUCUUGACAACGAGCCCUCUUCCUAUUCCACAAGAACGAAUCGAACGAGAUACCCCACUAAAUCGAAAACGAACAAUCAGCAACAGCAUGAGUCCAGAGGAUGGAAUACCCGUUCUCAAGAGCCGGACGCGGAGAGGAAGCACAGGCAACCAACCACUGGCGCAGGAUGAUACUGAUUAUCUGGCUGCCACACCUGUUUUAACAAACAGCAAAGUUCAGACACAAAAAUCAGCAUCGCCCACAAAGACGAAGACGAAGCCUGGCCAGUCAUCACCCCCAGGAACUUCGGCCGGACGCAAAGUGUCAACUACGACCCGAAAGCCAUCGACCAACAACAAGGCUGGUGUAACGCCCUCCCCUAACCAACGACCUGGAACAAGAUCCGGGGAACUAGAUCGACCACGAACCGCAGUGAACAGACCAGAAGGGGAUCCACCUUGGUUAGCUACGAUGUACAAACCCGAUCCUAGACUUCCUCCAGACGAGCAAAUUAUUCCAACGCACGCACGGCGGCAGCAGCAGGCCCAAUGGGACGAAGAUGGCGCCAUCCCCAGAACAUACGAUCGCAAUUUCUCGCCUUUAGCAAUUCACUCACCGAAUGGCCUUGUAAACCCUCAUUCUCCAAAUCUUCCUUCCUCUCCGUCACCAAACCCGGGGAAAACUCAAGACUCGAAUGCCUGGCCUCUGAAGUCAGUGCCGAGCGUGAGGAAUUCUGUUAAUGGCAGACCUGGCACUGGUGGAAGUUCCAAUGCUGGAUAUAGCACGAUGCCGCGCGUUCAGAGUCCCGCGAUAAUCCAGAGCCCCCGAAUGGGCAGUAUUUCAUCGACCCCGGGUCAACCUCCUCAGAGCAGUAGACUGCAAGUCCAACGGUUGGAACACAACGACAUGGACGAGAAGGUCAAGGAUAAGGGCUGUGGUUGUUGUGUGGUCAUGUAA